CACUGCAUUUGGGAAUCGAAUUGAGUUGUGCACAAUUAUUGAUUCACUUCAAUACCCAUUACAUUACACACACACAUCUUUGUCUGCGUGUGACCGCUAAGUGGGGAAUGCAUAGAGAUGAGAAGGCAUUGGCUCACUCCAUCUGAGGCAGGUGCCUCUGCCAAGCGCAGAAUCGCCGGCAGAAACUGCCACCGCAAACACGUCGAAGACGGGUGAACCCUUCCAUAUCCAUUUCCCUCAUCUUUCUCUUUCACAUACAUAGUUAUUACUAAUUGUAUAGUACAUAGUGUUGUCGGUGAUCAUGUGUGACAAAGCCAGUAGCGACCCUCACUCCACUUUGCUCCACGGCAAGUACGAGCUAGGGCGCGUGUUGGGCCACGGAACAUUCGCCAAGGUGUAUCACGCGCGGAACCUGCAGACGGGGAAACACGUUGCCAUGAAGGUGGUUGGGAAGGAGAAGGUGAUCAAGGUUGGGAUGAUGGAGCAGAUCAAGAGAGAGAUUUCGGUCAUGAAGAUGGUCAAGCACCCAAACAUCGUUCAACUCCACGAAGUCAUGGCUAGCAAGUCCAAGAUCUACAUCGCCAUGGAACUCGUCCGUGGCGGGGAGCUCUUCAACAAGGUUUCCAAAGGCCGGUUGAAGGAAGACGUGGCCAGAGUGUAUUUCCAGCAGUUAAUCUCCGCCGUCGAUUUCUGCCACAGCCGCGGCGUUUACCACCGCGACCUCAAGCCCGAGAAUUUACUUCUAGACGAACACGGCAACCUUAAAGUCUCCGACUUCGGACUCAGCACGUUUGCUGAACAUCUGAGGCAAGACGGGUUGUUGCACACCACGUGCGGGACGCCGGCGUACGUGUCACCUGAGGUGAUAGCGAAGAAGGGUUACGACGGUGCCAAGGCUGAUAUAUGGUCGUGUGGGGUGAUACUGUACGUGCUUCUUGCUGGGUUUUUACCCUUUCAGGACGAUAAUUUGGUGGCUAUGUAUAAGAAGAUUUACAGGGGUGACUUCAAGUGUCCUCCUUGGUUUUCCUUGGAAGCUAGAAGGCUCGUGACGAAGCUUCUGGACCCGAAUCCGAAUACCCGAAUAAGCAUAUCCAAGGUGAUGGAGUGUUCUUGGUUUAAGAAGAGCAUGGUGAGGGCGAAGGAGGAGGAGGAGUUUGAGUUGGAGGAGAAGUUGGAAAGAGAGAGGCCAAAGAGUAUGAACGCGUUUCACAUAAUCUCGUUGUCGGAAGGGUUCGAUUUGUCACCGUUGUUUGAGGAGAAGAAGAGAGAGGAGAGGGAGGAGAUGAGGUUCGCCACCGCGGGGACAGCGAGCAGUGUGAUAUCGAGGUUGGAAGAGGUGGCUAAGGCGGUGAAGUUUGAUGUGAAGAGCAGUGAGAACAAGGUGAGGCUUCAGGGGCAGGAGCGUGGGAGGAAGGGCAAGUUGGCGAUUGCGGCGGAUAUUUACGCCGUUACGCCGUCGUUUCUUGUGGUGGAGGUGAAGAAGGACAAGGGUGACACCUUGGAGUAUAACCAGUUCUGUAGCAAAGAGCUUCGUCCUGCUCUCAAAGAUAUUCUAUGGACUUCCCCUGAGAAUUCAACGCCUGCUAGUGCUUGAAUAUGAUGAUUAUGUUGUUGUGUUAUGCUGUUUAGGAACUUAAUUCGAGUUUUCUGUUUAGUUUGGAUUCGUUGUGUAAUUAGUAUUGCUCUCUCUUUUUUAGUUAUGCCUUUGUAUCUGUGUCACCCCAAAAUGGCGAUUGCCUCAGCCCAGCGUGGAAAAGAGCUCAAGAAUCGGAAUCAUCAGUGGAGUUGUUCGUGAUUCGGUAUAUUGGUUGAUUUUGUCAUGUUUGUGUGUGAAUUGAUGUGUAAUUGGACUUGUGGGCCAUGCUGGCUUGGCUUUGUUC